CUUUUUCAGUAGAACUACACUCAGUCGCCCAUUCCUGUGUGGAGAGGAGUUGAAAGUUUCCUCUUAAAGCCCGGCAGCAUCAACAGGCAGGCCUCCCCUUCAAAAACUCAGAGUCAAACACUCAUCAGGAUCAGAUGAUGAGGAGCAGAGUGGGGCUGUGUUUGCUGGGCCUGCUGUGCCUCCACAGCUCAGUCUUCAGCCAAGAGGCUUUGGAAGUCCCGCCAGGCGUCCUGAUCUUCUGUGAUGACCCAUCUGUGACGAUGGCCGUCAACAGUGCUGUGAGCAAGUUCAAUGAGAGGCUGAGCACCGGACACAAGCUGGCCCUCUUUCAGAUACUAUCAGCCAGCAAGUCAGAGAAUGGCUCAGACUCGGUGUACUCGCUGCAGUUCACCUGCAGGAGGAGUAACUGUUCAGCUGGGAGCAACACACCCUGGACAGAGUGCAACUACCUGCCUCAGGGACGUAAGGAGCCAAUGUCAUGCAAUGCCACGGUCUACAUGACAGAGAAUGAUGCAGAAACUAGACAGGUGGAUUGCGUGCUCGAUGAUUACGUUGUUGCAGAGAGAGCGUCUUGUAUGGGCUGCCCUGAGCUGAUUAAUGUGAACUCAGAGGACCUCAGGGUUCCUGUUAGCAUGUCUCUCUCCAAGUAUAACUCCAUGUCCGACUCCACUCACCUGUUCACCCUGAACGAUAUUGGCCAUGCAACCAGACAGGUGGUUGCAGGUUUCAGGUUUAAGCUGAGGUUUGAUAUGAGGAAGACCAUCUGCGCCAAAGCUGAACACAAAGACCUCAAUGAACUUUGUGUCCCUGAUGAUCAGGAUAAGGAGUACGCUUACUGUAACUCUACUGUGGAUGUAGCACCGUGGAGACUUGAGACCCCGCAGACUAACAUAGAGUGUGAACCAGGAGCACUGCCUCCCUCGUUGUUCACCAGGCGCCGUCCUCCCGGCUGGUCUCCACUCAGGAAUUUUCUCUUUGACCGUCUUCCCGCAACCCCAACUCCAACCAAGGCUGCAGAAUCUUCUGAGGAAGACACCACAGCGCCCAAGCAGUCCACCCCGCCUGAUGUGGCUGCAGAAGCUGCAAACGACAGCCCCUUCCACUGCCCAUCCAAACCCUGGAAAGCUUUCAAUCAGCAGGCACCUCCGACUCAGGCAGAGGACGCCACCCCACAGCCCCCAGAGGAAGGGACCUUCAGUGAUUUAGACAUGCUGGGAUAAAAUUAUCCUUAAGGGAAACACAUUUAUAUAUAUAUAUAACAAAAUCUCACUUGUCACAGGCUUCCAGCAGAUUGUUUUUUCUUUUUUUUUAAAAAAAAAUUAUAGUCAAGUCCACUAGUUGUAUCACAGGGAUUUCUUUUAAGUAGAAACAUCUUCAGGGGUGUUUGCAGAUUUAAAACUGUAUGAGCAAAAGGUUAAUAAAAUAUACAGUUUAGAAGAAAAAGGAUCACUUUGACUCCUCAGAAAGCACUGGAAAAAGGGCUGAAAUGACGACAAAGCUCCAGACUGUUGUUGCAUUAAUUCGCUGGUUAUGCGCAAUAAAUCCCUGACAGUUUGAGUAAAUCAAAGUAAUGAGCUAUUAAGCGUCCUCGGUAUCAAUUCAUUAGAGAUCUAAGAAAAGACAAUUGGAAAUCUGUUAUUCUUUAAAGGGAAAUCUGCAAAAAAGAAAAAGUUUUUUUCUGUGUGCUGGUUUUUACAUGUGAAUAUUAAUGCAUCUUAUCAAGGACAAAUAAGAAAUAUACCGAAUUCACACUGUUUUCCCCCCUGAAACUGUGCACCAUGAUGUUCUUUAACAGGAAUAAACACAGAUUCAGUCCUUCA